AGUCGAUGAUCCCAUUAUGUGGUUGGAAAUUUGCGGUUCUCCUGAUGUUCCUAAACGCUAGCUCCCAGCUUUAAAUCCAUCUUUCCUUUAUGUAACUCUCUCUCUCUCUCCCGUGUCUAGCUGCAGAAUCAGCGUGGAGGAGCUCAAGAAACAUACAAACCUGGAUAUGGUAAGAGAUUUAUAUGGCAGGGUCUGAUCUAGAGACCAUGAGAUGCCAACCCUAGGCUGGGCAUGGCUGCCCUGUGAUAUAACUUCCCUACUGACUUCUGCUUCUCUCUCCCUUUCAGUGGCUCCCGCUGGAUAAUGUGGCCCCUGCGAGGCUUCACAUUAGGAGUCAGCGGCUCAAACUUGUUACUGACCGUGCCGAGCUUAGGAAGGUAAUGUCUGGGUUCCUUUUCUCUGGCUGCUUGGGCUCAGGGAGGCGCCUUCUGCUCUUUGCUUCAUGGCACUUGUUUGUCUUUUCCCAGGUUCUGGUGGGGAACCACAUGUCUCGUCCGAUACAGAUGAAGGAAUUUUCCUCAGCGCUCCUCAGCGUGCAUGUAUCGAAAGGCAAGGACCUCAAGUUACCGACUGGAAACAGGAUGCCAACAACCCUUACAGAAAUCCAUGUCGGAAAAAUGAGGGAACAAACCUUGUAUUCGCCGCUCUGUAUCCAAACCCCGGAUCCGGUAUGGAAAGAGACUUUCAGCUUCCUAAUGAAGGACCCUCGAAUGGAGAAAGUGGAAUUAGUGGUCAAAGACAAUUACCAUGGGUCCCUGGGCUCUAUAUCUGUGCCCAUCUCUAGACUCCUGGAAGCAAGAAAUCUCACUAUCACAGACUGGUAUGAGCUCUGCCCGUCUGAGCCUCGCGGUGCUAUACUAGUUAAACUGGAGUUGUGGAUUUUGGUUCCACCAAAUGGUGAAACCCAGAAAUCCAAAGUUCCCAGCUCUCAGCAGCCUCAAUGUAAGGAUGUGAAUAAGCGAAGAGCUGGCCCCAGGCUGCUUGUAAAGAGGAAACUUAUUUCAACGCACUACAAACCAAGGAGAUUUCCCACAGCAGCCACUGGCGCUACUGAAGAACCAGAACAACGGAGAGAAACAAAUGGACUUGCGACAUUUAAAGGGCAACUAAUACGAGCAGCAAGACUUAUAUGCAGAGCGUGCACUCCACGGCGCUGACUAAAGGUCAGGUGACUUUUCACCUGAUUUCAAUUGUGACGCAAAAGCGGCAGAUCUGAGACUUUUACUACGUACCUCCCAAUUGUGCCGAUUACGUCAAAAUACCCCCAAAAGUGGGAGGGACCUUGGGUGGAUUGGGGGCAUUAAUUGGCAACUGGACGACACCUAAAAUGUCCUGAUUUUGGAGGGGAGGUGCGCUAAAGCUCAGCUGGGUCAGAUACAGACGUUUAUACUGCCCAGCAAAGAAAGAAGAGAGAUUUGUGGAUAUAAUGGACAUCACGCCAUGCAGUGGCUUCUACCGACGGUGGCCUAUCUGCUGCCUGACCUCAGAAUGGAUACCGACGGUGGCCUAUCUGCUGCCUGACCUCAGAAUGGAUACCGACAGUGGCCUAUCUGCUGCCUGACCUCAGAAUGGAUACCGACGGUGGCCUAUCUGCUGCCUGACCUCAGAAUGGAUACCGACGGUGGCCUAUCUGCUGCCUGACCUCAGAAUGGAUACCGACGGUGGCCUAUCUGCUGCCUGACCUCAGAAUGGAUACCGACGGUGGCCUAUCUGCUGCCUGACCUCAGAAUGGAUACCGACGGUGGCCUAUCUGCUGCCUGACCUCAGAAUGGAUACCGACAGUGGCCUAUCUGCUGCCUGACCUCAGAAUGGAUACCGACGGUGGCCUAUCUGCUGCCUGACCUCAGAAUGGAUACCGACGGUGGCCUAUCUGCUGCCUGACCUCAGAAGAUGAUACUAUCCCUUUAAUAAAUACAAAUAUUUUAUUUUUCAA